AAAUUUAAAACAUACUACUGCAUGAAUACUUCUGAUACUUACAUACAUUUAAUAUCAGAUACUGUACACAUGUACACACUUUGAGGCCACAAAGACAACGACACUGACACUAACUGAUGACGUCAGCUCAGACAGGAGGAGGUGUUGUUCUGAGACAGAUGACGUCACACAUCAGGUGAGUGUUUGCGGUGCGUCCUGCAGCAGUAGAGGUCUCUAGUUCGCGGUACAGCUGUCAAACCGGGACACGCCCAGAAGCACACACGCUGACCAAUCACAGCGCUCCCCGGUGUCGACUUUUGGCUCCACUGACCAAUCAGAACGUUUAAAAAGCAGCCGGAACAGCAGAGAGGAUCCAUAUGAACGGGUCUGGCUGACUCCGCCCACAUUAUGAGAGAAAUAUGAGAAUGAAGCUCCCACGCGGGUCUGUGGGUUCACGCGCUGACCGUGACCACUGAGUAUAAACUGCAGACUGCCCCUUUAAUUGUGUCGGAAAUAUACAGUAUGAUUGACAGCUCAGGUUCGGGCCGAAGCGAGCCGAAUCUAACAAGGGGUCGGGUUCGGAGAAUAUUAAACCAGACUUCAUUUGGAAUCUUCUAUAUUUAAUGUUUCCUUACUUAUUGGCGAAAGUACUUCGUAGUUUUACGUAAUUUAAGAUUUUAUUAUGAAAGACCAUAAAGCCCUUCUCAGUUCGGCGUAUGUAUAAUACUUAAACACAGUGUAUUUGUGAAGUUCUUUGCAUUUUAUAGUCAGGACACCAGAUGUUUUCUAGGUGAAGAUACAUUGUUGAAGGCGUUGGUGAAACACAGGGACCCGCCUCAUUAAUCGGGCUUGUUAUUGAUAAAAACAUUUUUUUGUCGAGUUUAUUGAAGCCGAAUCAAAAAGACGCACCACUGUUAGUAAAUGGCACUGAGUCAUGAUUUCUGAGUCACGUAUUUUGACUGAAGAGCAGCGACCAGUGUAAAUUCCCAUGCUUUUAAAAGGAGACCGUCACGUCGAUGAGCCAGACUGUAGCUGCCUCUCAUCAUACCCCCAGGAGGCUCUGCUUCCCAGCCCCUUUGUUCAGUCUCGCCGGUGGGUUGAGUCAGAGGGAGGCUGUGCUAACCCAGCAGACCCACACCACACUGAGGACACCGACACCAGCGAGGAGAGGCCCGGCAAAACAGCUGACGAGUCCGAACCGACCCUGCUCAAUCAGAACCACACACAGAAAAGUUGCUUUUCACUGCUGCUGAUGCUGCGGUUCGUCUCGGAAACCCGUCCGGACGUGCGCGUGCCAGAGUUCGGCUGCUAAAACAUCGAUCCGUGUCGACGGUGUCGGCCGCCUGGUAGCCCGUGUAGCUGUGAUCCUGAACACCGAGGCUAGCUGCUAACAGCACCGGUCCGGUCCAUCCUCCGGUGAUCCACGCUGACUCUCCUCUCGCUGCUGCUCAGCAUCCAUAUUUGCAUCCCAGGGAGUGGCAGCCGCGGAUCCGUCUGCUGGGAGGGAGGCAGAAAGUUGUCCGGCCGGCGGACAGACCCCCUCGGACGCUCUCAUUUCACACAGAAAGCUCGACAUGGAGAGCGACAGCCGCCACUCCCACAUCUAGUGCCUGAUCCAGAAGCCUUGGUCACCGGGGAGGAGCUCUCAGGUCGCCGCCGUCUCCCUGCUACUGUAGAAUGAACAUGCUGAAGUCCAGUGGACUGAAGAUCCCUGGCCGGGGGCCCAAACAUUCCAGCCCAGUGGGAAGGAGCUCCGCGGGGGGAACGUCCAGCCCAGUCGCCCCUAAAGACAACGUCCCGCUGAAGCCCACCACUCCAACUAAAAUCUCUGAAGAGGGCGACGAUGUUCUGGGGGACUACACAGUCGGAGAACACGUCUGGGUCAACGGCGUCAAACCAGGAGUUAUCGCCUACCUGGGGGAGACCCAGUUCGCCCCGGGACAGUGGGCUGGCGUGAUUCUGAACGACCUAGUUGGCAAAAACGAUGGGUCGGUGGGCGGAGUGCGCUACUUUGAGUGCCAGCCCCUGCAGGGCAUCUUCACGAGACCCUCGAAGCUCACCCGACAGCCGGUCGGAGAGGGAAGCGACAGCCACUCCACUGACUCAGUCUCAGUUCAGAAUCAGAACCAGCAGGGCGGCGCCCCCUCUGGCCAGAGGGUGGUGGUGACACUCAGAGAGGGCCUGCUCAACAGCGCCGGGAAAACAGGAAACGAGUCGGGGUCCAACAUGUCCGACAGCGGCUCGGUUAAGAAAGGAGGGGACAAGGAUCUAAGAGUCGGAGAUCGAGUUCUGGUCGGGGGCUCUAAGAUGGGAGUCAUUCGCUACAUGGGGGAGACGGACUUCGCUAAGGGUGAGUGGUGUGGGGUCGAGCUGGACGAGCCUCUGGGGAAGAACGACGGAGCAGUGGCUGGUACAAGAUACUUCCAGUGUCUUCCCAAGUUCGGUCUGUUCGCUCCGAUCCACAAGGUGAUCCGGAUCGGCUUCCCGUCCACGAGCCCGGCCAAGGCCAAGAAGAGCAAGCGGGUGGCGAUGGGCGUGUCGUCUCUGGCCCACAGCCCCAGCAGCUCCUCCAUCAGUUCAGUCAGCUCGGUGGCCUCCUCCGUGAGCGGACGACCGAGCCGAGCUGGACUGCUGACGGAGACGUCGUCACGUUACGCCCGUAAGAUCUCGGGCACCACGGCGCUGCAGGAGGCCCUGAAGGAGAAGCAGCAGCACAUCGAGCAGCUGCUGGCGGAGAGAGACCUGGAGCGAGCCGAGAUGGCCAAGGCCACGAGCCACAUCAGUGAUGUGGAGAAGGAGCUGAACGCCGUGAAGUCGCAGCACGUCCAGUACGUGACGGAGAAUGAAGGAACCCUCCAGCAGGUGAAGGCCAUGUUGGCCAGCACGCAGAAGGACAAACUGGAACUGGCCAAUCAGCUGGAAGAAGAGAAGAGGAAGGUGGAGGACCUCCAGUUCAGGGUGGAGGAGGAGAGCAUCACUAAAGGAGACCUGGAGGGGCGAUGCACUCAUGGCGCAGUAUCCUUGAGGUUGGGUAAGAGAACCAAGCAAACCACGGUUGAGGAGCAGAGUCGCAUCAUGCAGCUGGAGACGGAGCUCAGCCUCCGGAGGGCCGAGGUGGAGAAGCUCCAGGCUCAGCUGAGAGGAUCUGACGCCGGCUCGCAGCAGGACGUCUACAGCGAGGCCGCGGCGGGGUCCGACACCAAGCCAGAGACCCUGUUGAAGGAGGGCGGCGAGCUCAAAGAGAACCAGCAGGAGGUGGAGUCACUGAAGGCGCUGCUGGAUAAUAAGAACCAGGAGAUCAGUGACAUGAAGCAGAAGCUCCAACAGGCCGCGAAGGAGAACAUGGAGAUGAUGGACAGCUGGAAGGCGAAGUUUGACACUUUAGUCAGCGACCACCAGCGCUCCCUGGAGGAGCUGAAGGCCUCACUGAGCGGUGAUCACUCAGAUCCAGCAGGACAGGAGCAGGACCCCCAGGAGCUGAGAGCCACUCUGGAGGGCCUGAAGAUGGAGCACCAGCUGGAGAUGGAGAACCUGAAGGCCAAACACAAGAUCGAAGCCGCCAUUCUGACCAAGGAGCGCGAGGACCUGUGCUCCCGCCUGCAGGAGGUGAAAGAGCAGCUGGCCGACGGGAACCAGGCGUGGAGGACCAAGGUGGAGGCCAAGAGCAGCAAGCAGGCCCUGGAGGAGGCGACGGAGAAGCUCCAGAAGGCGGAGCGGAGGCUGGUGGAGAUGGAGAAGCUGCAGGUGGAGCAGGAGAAAGGCACAGGAGAGCUGAGAGAGAGACUGGAGCUGUCGGAGAAGAAGAUGACGGACUACCAGGCGCUGCAGAAGGCUCAGGCCGAGAGCCAGGAGGAGAUCCAGAAGCUGGAGGAGAAGCUGAGGGUGACGGCCAACCAGCUGCAGGCCAUCCAGGCCGACCGCUACACGUCCCACGAUGCUAACGUGAUAGAAGAUAACGAGAUUUCAGAGGAGAAGAUGAAGCUGAAGCAGAACAUCGAAGAAACGAUGGAGAAGUUGUUGAAAAGAGAGAAAGAGGUCUCGACUCUCACGUCGCAGGUCGAAGCCCUCAAAUCCCAGACGGCAGCCCUGGAGACCAAAGUUCGCUCCGGGGAGAAGAAAGUCGACGCUCUGGCCAAGGAGAAGCUGCGUGUGGAGGCCGAGCUGGAGGCCAUGACCAAGAAGUCCCAUGAUGCCUCAGGGCAGCUGGUCCACAUCAGCCAGGAGCUGCUGAAGAAAGAGAGGAGUCUGAAUGAGCUGAGAGUGUUACUGCUGGAGUCCCACCGCCACUCUCGGGACAUGGAGAAGGAUCUGACCCGGGAGGUGCACAAGGCCGAGUGGAAGGUGAAGGAGCAGAAGCUGCAGGAGGACAUCAAGACGCUGCGCGAGAAGCUGCUGCUGCUGGGUCGAGAGCGUUCCUCACCCGACCACCGGCGGUACUCCAUGCUGGACCCCUCGGCUCUGGACUCGGAGGUGAGCCGCCUCCGCCAGCGACUGCUGAACACCGAGGACGCCCUGAGGAAUGCCUUGGAGCACAACCAGCAGGUCGACCAGCUGGUCCAGGCCAUGCGCCGGCAUCCAGAGAAAAGCCCGGCUCAUGGUGCAAAUUCAUCCAAUGGGAUCCACCACCAGGAGUCAGACAUUCCUCCAGAUGUUGGAACAACACUGAUAUGAGCAGAAGAGAUUAGACUGGACUGGACGUGCAGAGCUCCACCUUCUCCCGAUCCUGCGACGGACGCCUGAGGAACAUUUCAGUUUACAGUUAAAACCAAAACAGUGAAUCUCUAUCUCCAGUGAAUUUAUGUGUUUGUUGCAGAAAGCACCUAUUAGCCAAUCAUGAAGACCGCUUAAAGUACUAUAAGAUGUAAACAGGAAACACGGACGUGAAGAGAUAUUAUCGGUACAGAGAACAAACAGGCGGCAACUUCUGAAGCUUUACUCUAGUUAGAAAGUUUGAAUCUUCAAGUUGCCGAGAACUCUGCGACAAUUCAGAACUUUGAUCCGGCUGACGGACAUGAAGAAGUGAAGAACUGGGUCUCAGUCGCUUUCUUUGUUUUAUUUAUUACCUUUACUUUGCUCCCCAGCUUUGUAAUAAUCCUCCGUGGCUGAGCUGUCCUGGCCAGUGAGACUCCGACUCUUUCUGUUACUAGCUCGGCUCGUUUGUCACCUCGAUUGAUACCUGAAGAGAGGAUUGUUCUAAACCGCAGCAUCAUCUCCACUGAGUCUGUUCUGAACUCUGAAGUUUAACUCCAGCAGCUACACACAAACAUUUCUGCUCAAACUUUACUGAAGGACUAACGUUUAGAGGUCAGGCGUGUCGUCAUCGAGUCAGAUAACUCACAUCCUCUUAAAUAAAGGACUGAAUCCAGCGAGGGGAAAACUUCAGUCACAGAGAGGUUCACAUCUCUGAGGCCCGGUCCAAACACACACCAGUAGAAAUAUCCUCCGUCCACACACCUGAAGACUCAGAUCACAUGACCGUUCAGGUGAUCUGGGAAUGUGAGUCAGUGUAUACAGGAAGCAGAUUAUAAACUCUGGUUGGUUGUAUUUACUGGUUACGUACUGUAGUUUGUUUUAUCAGUGUCAGGUAUCAGCACCGGUACCGAGGAGACGGGCCGACGUCCAUUUGUGUCUCUAAUAUAGAGAAUAUAACUCAAAUACUCCACAGCAUCAUAAGUCACAUCCCAGUGAUGCUUUGUACACUGAUGAGACCUGAUCAGGAAGUGAACAUGUCCACGUCUGUUAACGUUUCAAGGAAUACACAACGAGACUUAUUUCAGAGGAUGUGAGUCUCUGUGUUGUUUGACUCUUCAGUCCUUUUUAAUCUUUUUAAUCGUUUGUCGCCUGAAUCCAUGAGCUCCAGAAAGUCCUGAACCUUGUCUCUGAAGUCUCUCUUCCACCACAACACAACAAAAUACUCUUUUCUGUUCCAAAUCUCACGUAGAGUCGCGGAUCAUACUGAAAAACAACCAUCAUUUUCUGCCUUUUUCGUCUAUAAAGCAGCCUGUGAAGCACUCAGCUCUGUCCGUCUGACUCUCAUCACCAUCAGGCUCGAGCACUCCUGAAGUAUCCUCAGUGAUAAUAAAGAUCACUCUGAUCAUUUCAGGGUUAUGUUCUGGACUUUAUGCACAAAAGGAAGCCUCAGUAAAAAGAUGGAGGUGGAUUCACAGCACAGAGCCGAGUGUUUUCUCCCGCAGGCGUCCUUUGACUUCAUUAUCACUCUUAUAUAACGGCUGGUUAUCAAAAACAGGGUUCGGUUUUUGUUUGUUGAGUUUAUUUAGUUCAACACUCACUGCUCCUCUGAUUACUCACUGUGUAGCAUCAGCAAAACUAUCAUCAUGUCUGUUCUUUCUUCACAGAGAACAAGACAAAAGAAGUGAAUUGUGCAGGAAGAAUCUGACCUCGGUGUUCGUAAUGAGCAAAGACAAACAACCACAGGAUCAAAAAUCAAGAGUUAAACAGGUGAAACAUGAAAUAUAGAAUGAGGCGUGAACACAAACCAACACUUCAGCUCAGUUACACAACAACAGCGCACCUGAAUGUUUGGAUCAGCACAUGGUUUCAUCAGUCCUCUCUUCAGGUGUCGGCUAAUGUGACCAGCCUCCUGAGAAAGUAGUCCCUGUAGACACUGCACAUCCUUCCAGGCCUGAUAUUAAUGAGCCUGGAGGUCUGAGGUCUGUUUGUAUGAUGAACUUAGUGACUUAUGUUAAUCUCUGUGUGACCCAGCACACCUCUCACUGUCUCUUUUAUUUAACUCGUACAGACUCCAUCCACACACGCUAGUAUUAAUUCAUUCCAUGUGGUGCGACACAGCGGCCCGAUCUGACCCGUUGUUGAGUUCUGAAGGGCGGCCACAGGAGCUACAACCCAAACCCGGAUGUAAGAUGUUCGAUUUCAUUUGAGAACAUGUAUAGAAUUUAUACUGUCGGUCUUCCAGUUAUUGUUUGAUCCAUCUGUCGGCCGUGUGCAGUUCUGAGUCACUGUUGCUUUACAGGAGAGACGUGACCCGGAUACAUUUCACAUCGGAUCUCUUGUACAUGGACUUUUGAGCUGGAGGGCUCAGAACCCUUUGGAUUAUUGCUGCAAUGGUUUUGGAGAUUGAGUCAUUAAAUAUUAACAAUGUG